UGUACAAUCCGGAUCCAGCAGGUGUCGGUGUUCCUCCGCGCCCUCGACACGACAAGAAGCCGAAGAAGAGCGAAUAAUUCUGUUUACUUUUUAAGAUAAAUGACGCCUCGGCUAUCUCAUGUGCGUUUUAGUAUAAAUUAAUUUUAUCUAACGGAAAAAGCACUAAAAUAUCUGUGUGUAAUAUUUAAUGUGUUUCUCCUAAAAGCCGCUCAAACAUCUCGCACGUGUUUCUCAUUUCCAUUCAGUUGAUUUUAAACGCAGGAACUGUAUAAGCGGAUAUGGCAGUUUUCCCUCAGCUGUCAAUGAGUCCAGAAGUGCGGGAGCAUCUCCAUACAGUUUACACCAAUGACGAGGCGGUGUGUGAGCUGGGUGCAGGUGUAGCGGAGCAGCAGUUUGAGGCUCUGCUGUGGUGUUUGUCUCAUCCUCCUCUUUACACCUGUCUGAGGGUCAGCACACACCUGCACCCACUGCGGGACGUCCAGCACCGGCUGCAGCAGCACCUGGAACAGAUUCAGUGCAGAUGUCCAGCUGUUCACACUCACCCUGAGCUACCAGAUGUGCUGCUGCUUCCUGUCUGCGGCCCCAGGCCCGUGGAGCCUGUGGCGUCUGCAGUGAUAGUGGGCUCUCAGUGUGGCAGUGCAGUUCUCAGAGGAGCUCAUGUGUUCACGCCAGGCAUCAUCAGCACACACAAGUUCAUGAAAGCAGGUGACGUGGUGUCUGUGUUCUCUGACGUGGAGGGAAAAUGCACACGAGGAGCCACCGAGUUCAAUGGGAAGAAGGUGUUUGUGGGUAAUGGAGUCUCAGAGGUGAAUCGUUCAGAGUUAUUCAGCUCUGAUAAACCCGGCAGAGGCUUGGCCAUCAGGAUGACUGAACCUCUCUAUCAGAGCCCUUCAUUUGAUGGUGUUCUUACAGACGAGCUCUUCCUGCAGAACCUGCCGUCGGUGGUUGUUGGUUAUGUAUUAGGGCCUCGGCCUGGAGAGCGAGUGCUGGACAUGUGUGCUGCUCCUGGAGGAAAAACCACACACAUCGCUUCUCUCAUGGGCAACCAGGGUGUCGUUGUGGCCUUGGAGAAAGUCCGCUCAAAGAUGGAGAAGAUCCUUCGAAAUGCACAGAUGCUGAAGUUAGACUGUAUUAAAGCGUAUUGCUGUAACAGUAUACAUGCUGUGAGCUCUGACCCUGCACAGGAGUACACUGAAGGUCCCCCGUUUCCGGAGGAGAGUUUUGACCGCAUCUUGUUAGAUGCUCCAUGCAGUGGUUUGGGUCAAAGACCAAACAUGAGCUACAGCUGGAGUCUCAAAGAAGUGUGUUCAUACCAGCCUCUGCAGAGAAAACUCUUUACCACGGCGGUGCGUCUGUUAAAGUCAGGUGGUGUUCUGGUCUACAGCACCUGCACGGUGACUCUGGCGGAGAAUGAGGAGCAGGUGUCCUGGGCCCUCAAGACCUUCCCCUGUUUAACACUUCAGCCGCAGGUUCCUCAUGUGGGAUCAGAGGGCAUGCUGGGAGCCGGUCUGUCAUGUGAGCAGCGGCGGCUCCUGCAGAGGUUUCGUCCAGAAUUGGGCUGGACAGGAGAGCGUUUCACAUUUUCACUAGAGAAACUCCCGCAGGACGCAAACCAGGACACCAUCGGCUUCUUCAUCGCAAAGUUCAGCAAGAGAUAGUGGAGUACGGCAUCACAAUACUUUCUGCAGCACCUCGUAGCCCUUGAGUGAAGGUCCAACGAGAACAACCGGCCUCAUCGACGGCACCACAUCAUAUGGAGGAGCAUGCUCCGUCUGUACAGCGGCACACAAACACAACAUAAACACACACUCACCUUACACGAUACAGAGACACAACGAUCAAGACCAACCUAAAUGCUUCAAGUGUCAAAUUUAACGUCAGCAGGCAUGUUCUUAUAUUUGCUGAAUAUUUAAAGGGACAGUUCACCCAAAAAGGAAAAUUCGAUCAUCAUUGACUUGUUCAAAGCCUAUUUGAGAUUCUUUCUUCACAAAAGAAGAUAUUUUGAAGAAUGCUGGUAGCUGGCUGAAUUUCAUAGUCAUUAUUUUUGCCUUCUACGAAAGUCAAUGGGUUGUAUUCUUUGAAAUAUCUUUUUUUGGGGGGUUCUACAGAAGAAAGAAACUCAUAAAACCACACAAGGGAGAAUUAAUGAUGAGCAAAUGUUCAUUUUUGGGUGAACUAUGCCUUUAAAAAAUGACAGCAGUUCUUUGCAUGCAUUUCUAUAUAUAACUAAUGUAAUGCAUUAAUUUUGGCUGAAAACAAACCUACAUUAAAUUUGACACCCACUUGAAAACUCAAAACACACACCAUGUUUAGUAGAAUGAUGUAUUCUUACCAGGGUUUUAUAACAGAACAGUAAGCAAAUGAUACCAUUAUUAUUUAUACAGUUGUGUAUAGUAUACAAGAUCGAUGUUGAAGUAACACUUUAUAUAUGAAUCUGGUUACAGACUGAUUUUGAGCAUUGAUAGAGUACUUAGAGUUGUGUAAUUAUUGUCAAUCAUUGUUUAAAGUUAUCUGACAUUGUCAAGAUGGCAUUGUUAUCACCCAGUUUAACUCUUGUCAUAUUUUUUAUGCCCAUUGUAAACUAUAGUGAAUAAACUGAUGCUAUGAGAAAUGUU